AUGUCAAUAACGACAGAAAAGCAACCAAUUCUCCUACUCAAGACGAAAUCCGUCCCCAACGAUACCUAUCAAGAGCUCUUUUCUACGCCGCGUGACGGCCUCGAGUUCGCCCCGAUAUUCGUCCCUGUGCUACAGCACCAAUUUCAAGAAGAUGGCAUGAGUAGAUUUAGAAAUCUCCUGCGCAAUGGGAGGAUAAGCAACAAGAAGGAUGCGCAGUAUGGAGGUUUGAUAUUCACAUCGCAAAGAGCAGUCGAAGGGUUUGCCAAGUUGGUCGAGGAAGGCCAAGACGACGAGAAAUGGCCUUACUUGCACGAUAUACCAAUAUACACAGUAGGUCCCGCGACGACGCGCGCCCUCCGCGCAAUAUCCCAAACGCCACCGCUACAGGUGUUUGGCGAGCACACGGGCAACGGCGACGCCCUCGCGCCGUACAUACAACAGCACUACGGGGAGUGGUAUGCUGAACGGCCAACCAAGCCGGCCCUCCUCUUCCUUGUCGGAGAGAAGCGCCGCGAUAUUAUCCCGACGGCCCUAAUGGACCCGUCCCUGCCGCCCGAGACGAGGAUCCAAGUCGACGAGACGGUGGUGUACGGCACCGGGGUCAUGGAGUCGUUCCCAGCCGACUUUGCGCAGGUGCUCGAGAGGACGGCGAGUGCGCGGCGGAGAUGGGUCGUGGUGUUUAGCCCGACUGGCUGCGACGGCAUGCUCGAGGGGCUGGGGAUGCUCGACGCGGAGACGGGCAAGGUGAGAGGAGGGGGAGCGGGAGAAGCGCCUAGUGGUAAUGGGAACACAUUCAUUGCCACGAUAGGUCCCACGACACGGGCUUUUUUAAAAAAGACGUUUGCAUACGAACCCGAUGUCUCUGCCGAAACACCGAGUCCAGAGGGUGUUUGGAAAGCGAUCCAGGAUUUCUCCCAGCAAUAG